GAGGUGUUGAAAAUGGAGGAAAGGAGCAUCGAGAAGAGCAAGAGUUCUUCAUCGCUGCCGGCUGCUGAGCUGGAUCCGGACAGUUCUGGCCCGCAGCCUCACUGGUUCCACACACUGCAGAUGCGACGGCUUCGGGUGCAGCGAGGCCGUAGUAACAGUGACCCAUGGAGCCAGAAAAACUGCCAGGACCCCUUCAUUUGGAAACCAGGUCUUCAGUUUGGAACAGCCAACUCAUACGUGAGCCUGGAGAAACUUGGUGAAGGCUCAUACGCAUCCGUUUAUAAAGGCAUCAGCAGGAUCAACGGGCAGCUUGUGGCGCUGAAGGUGAUCCAGACAAAGACAGAGGAGGGCAUGCCGUUCACUGCCAUCAGAGAAGCCUCACUGCUCAAAGGCCUGAAGCACGCCAACAUCGUCCUCCUGCAUGACAUCAUUCACGCCAGAGACUCGCUCACCUUCGUAUUCGAAUACGUGCAGACGGACUUGGCCCAGUACAUGAACCAGCAUCCUGGAGGUCUACACUCUCAUAAUGUGCGGGUCUUCAUGUUCCAGUUGCUGCGUGGUCUCACCUUCAUCCACGACCGCCGGAUCCUCCAUCGAGACCUGAAGCCCCAGAACCUGCUCAUCAGCUACUUGGGAGAACUCAAACUGGCCGAUUUUGGUCUGGCUCGUUCCAAAUCUAUCCCCUGUCAGAGCUUCUCCUCCGAUGUGGUCACGUUGUGGUACCGCCCGCCUGAUGUCCUGCUGGGAUCUACAGAUUACUCGACAGCGCUGGAUAUCUGGGGCGCUGGUUGCAUCUUCGUAGAGAUGCUGCAAGGUUCGCCGGCAUUUCCAGGAGUCACAGACGUGUUCGACCAGCUCCAGAAAAUCUGGAUGGUGCUUGGAAUCCCAACAGAGGAGAGCUGGCCCGGAGUCAGCCGGCUGCCCAAUUAUCAGCCGGAUUGGUCUCUUUCCUGUAAACUGAAGCCAAUUCGCUCUGUGUGGAAAAGGUUGAGUCGACUCCCAUACAAAACUGAAGACCUAGUUCAGAAGAUGCUCAUGCUGCCGCCUGCAGACCGGAUCUCAGCGGCAGAUGCCCUGGAACACCUGUAUUUUAACUCCUUGCCGCCGCCCGUCAUGCACCUGAGGGACACCAUGUCCAUCUUCAAGGUGCCCGGCGUCCAUUUGGAGACAGAGUUCCGCAACACCUUCAAUCCUAGCGAGCGAGUCAAACCUUCAUUUCUGCCUAACGCCAGGUUUUGGUGACAUCUUCAGCCUGAGAAGAUGAGCAAUCAGUUAAACCUGAACAUUGUGAUCUUUUUCCAUGCACAAAUAACACGCAAUUUUGACCCAGGCCAAAAGUAUUCUCAUAAUAAAUAUGUAUAUCCUAUUAUGAACUCCAUCCAUCCAUUUUCAACACUGCUUCUCCUGGUUAGGGUCGCGGGGCGCUGGAGCCUAUCCCAGCUGACUACGGGCAAAAGGCGGACGACACCCUGAACUGGCCGCCAGUCAUUCGCAGGGCACAUAUAGACACGGACAACCAUUCGCACUCACAUUCGCACCGUCACUGAGUGGGAACUGAACCCACGCUGCCUGCACCAAAGUCAGGCGAGUGUACCGCUACACCAACAGUGACCCCUAUUAUGAACUAUAGCGCUUUAAAAAAAAAUUUGUUAAUAGCCUGCCUGACAGAAAUAAAUGAAUGAUUAAGCACAAAUUUUCAUGGAAAAGGGAAAGUGUAGUUUUGCAGGAACAGCGAUACCUUGCGAUACGAGUCACCUGACUUACGAGUUUCAGCGAUAGAAGUCGUCGUGUUUACCCUGACUUGCCAGAAAUUGAGAUAGGAGCGCUGUAUGGUGGCAGAAGUGAACCAUUCUUCAAAGUAAGCUUCAAGCUGUUUAUUGCCACUCCCAGUAGCAGUUUACUGUCAAACUAAGAGUAAAACAAAGAGAAUUAGACUUUGUGUAUUUAAAAACAACCACAGCUUCAGUCAAGCCCAGUUUGCUUAAUGGUAACAGCUAAAAGCAUACAGACAGCAUCAGGGACGAUGACGACUUUGAGCACAUCCGUCUCACAGUUCACAUGUUGGUGGAUUCAAAUCCGGGCUCCUGUGGGUUUUGCAUGUUCUCACCCUGUGUGAUUACAGUCUUUUUUAUUUUUUUUAUUUUAGGCUGGACUGAAUUAAUGGCAUUACCAUUCAUUUCACUGUGGAAAGAUGAUUUGAGAUACCAGCGUGGUCACGGAAUGAAAUAAACUAAUUCCUCAAGACA